AUGAAGAACGCCAUGUUGGGAGAAAGAGGACACAGUAAGCUGGUGCCUCUGGUGUCUGUGUUUCUGCUAGGCGCGUGUUUCUGUGCUGUGGUUGUUCUCGGCAAGAGCUGGCUGGAAUUUUCUCCGAUGAAAGUUGAAGUUGAAGUACCGUCGAACAAAGAGGCAGAACAGAACUACGGUAACCCCGUCCUCACACCUUACGUUAACGUGGCCUUCUCGGUGGCCCGGACGGACCCUCUCGGUCCUUUCCCGAACGACACGACGAUGCAGUGGAACUACAUGUUCGCUAACGCGGGAGGGGCGUUCGAUAUGGGCACCGGAGUGUUCACGGCACCUGUCGGAGGAACGUACUACUUUUCUUGGAAUGGACAGAAGCGGUCCAACACGAACGACAUGGCACUGUACCUGGAAAUCAACGGCGCGGGGCAGGCCGGGAUAUACGAGGACAACUGGAACGGGGGUGGAGGCAUCUUCACUCCCACCCUGAACCCGGGUAACGCGCAAAGUGACAUGGUCGUCCACCUGUACCCUGGGGACAGGGUCCACCUCCGUUUGAAUGACGAGGCCUACCCAUACUCCACCAGUUUCGGCAAGUACACAGGCUUUACGGGAUUUCUCCUGUUCGCCGAUUUUUAGACAGUCGACCAAUCACGGAGACUACUUAGUUGCGCCCCCUUGUGUCUCUGCCUGGUAGGGCAACCUAGAUCAUCGCUCU